AGGCUCCGAGGCUAUAACGAAGGAGUGACUCGCGCUUUGUUUGCGCCGUCUCUCUUCGUCAGCGACCACCACCAUCCUCCUUUCUCUGGUCUUUCUCGUUUGUUGUCUCUCAACCUCUCAGGUGAACUGCUUCAGCUCGCCUUGCACUCGUUUGUUCGACCGGGCGCCCAGAAUUUGUCCGUCUGCCUGCACACGCAGAGUCGCCGCCGCCGCCAGCCACCUCAGCCACCUCAUUUACUAAGUCAGCAAACCCUGCAAUGGCCUACGCCCAGCCCUUCCCGCUCGCGUCCCCGCAGGCAAACCAGCUGCCUAAGAAUGUCUUUGGCCCUGAUCUGGCCGUUCGCCUCGUCUGUCCGGAGUGUCGAGACCCUAAUCCGAACAUCAUUGAGGAGUUUGGCAGUGGCGACCUCGUGUGUGGGACUUGCGGUCUAAUCCUGGGCGACCGUGUCGUUGACACGCGCAGCGAGUGGCGUACAUUCGCGAACGACGAGGGUGAUGACCCCUCACGUGUCGGUGCUGCCAUUGAUCCACUAAUGGAAGGUAUGGAGCAGAUGGACACAGUUAUCAGCUACAAAGACGGUGGAUCAGGAGUGGCUCGCGAAUUGCAAAGGGCAGCGUCGCGGUCGCAAAAUACGCGAUCAGAGCGUAACAUGCUACAGGCAUUCCGCGACAUCUCGAGUUGGUGUGACCAAUUCUCGUUGCCGAAAACGAUUAGCGAUAUCGCGAAGCAGCUGUAUAAACGUGCGGAUGAGGAGAAGCUUCUGCGGGGGAAAAGUCUCGAUGCAGUCAUUGCAGCGUGCAUCUUUAUUGCAUGUCGGCAGGCACACGUACCGCGCACUUUUCGCGAGAUGUGUACACUUACACAUGUACCGAAGAAAACUUUGGGACAGUGUUAUAAGACGCUCGAGAAAGCGUUUAACCUUGCUGCUGCGGGUUCGAAUAAUACCACGCAGAAUUCACGUCCUGAUCCAGCGGCAACGACGACGAACCCGCAGGAUCUUCUUGCACGUUAUUGCAAUCAUCUUGGUCUGCCGCACUUGGUGCAGUCGACUGCUUCGGAGAUCAUUUCGAUCGGAAAGGAGCAUGCAUUCACGGAUGGGCGGAGUCCUAUCUCGAUUGCUAGUGGCUCGAUUUAUUUCACUACGCAGCUCCUCGGGGUACCGAUGACGAUGAAGGACCUCUGUGAGAAUGCUGGUGUUAGCGAGAGUACCGUUAAGCUGGUAUUCAAGAUAUAUUGUGAGAAUAGAGAUGUGGUUGUGAAGCAGGAGUGGUUGGAUUCUGGCAAGGCUAAGCUUGAUAGGCUGCCUCCGUCGUCGUCGUAGAGAUGGGUUUCAUGGAACUUUCGGUUUUUCGUCUACGGGCAUUGUUGUUAUGUAUUUAGUAGUAGUAGUAGUAAUAGUAUUUUUUAGUCGAGCAAUACAAAGUACGUUGCCAGACAAAAUAGACAGCUUUUGCAAAAGACAGGUACAUGGGAUAAAAGGAAGGUUAAGACAAGAUGAAUCAACGUUUUCCUCCCGCUCUUGAUUUCGACUUUGAACCUUUCUUCGACGAAGCGCCCUGAGCUAGGGAGAUGCUGCCUUUGCCUUUGCUUGCAUGACGAAUCGCUUUGCGAACAUUCAAGACGUCGUCGCCUUCUUUCUUGCUCUUCUUUCCUGAGGAGUCGAGUUUUGAGAUGAGAGCUAACGAAGCUGCUUUUUCGUCUUCUACAGAGCGCUCUGUAGGGUCGAACUUCCGCUUAACACCCCUCAACUUCUUCUCUCCCUCCAGGGUACGGUCGAACUUGCCCAUACUAGCUGUACUAGCGCGCGUCGUAGCGAGUGUGCGCUCGAUUUCUGAUUUACGUUGGUCGCGGGUGGUAGAGGCGAGGUUUUGGAGUUGUUGGCGUUUGUUUUUGGAGAUUCGGGCGUUGCGUGCGUCGCGGAGGUCUUUUUCUGGGUUGGCGUUUACAUCAGCAUUAGCCUUAACCUCCGUCGCCCACUCCCCCUCUCCCUCCUUAUUCUUCGCACUCCUCGAACCCCACCUAUCAACCCAUUCUCCCCUCUCUUCAUCCCAUACCUUCUUGUCUUUACGUUUCUUGGUGAUACCCUUCGCAGCUGCGAACUUCUCCCAUUUGGUUGGAGGUUUGGGUUUGGGGAGGGGUUUGGAGCGAGGGAGGAGGGUGGUUGGUGGUGGGAGGA